UCUCUCUUUCUUCGUAUUGAGAGAAUAUCAAGAGGUUGACUGGUGUUCAGGUCUAUCGUUUUUGUUCCCUCAACUUAGAAAUUAAAUUGUUAAUAAUUAGUCACUAAUUUAACAUAAAAUGUUAUUUUAAUUAUGUCAUCUAAGGACGAAGAUAAGACGAGUCCGCCACCACAAACACCACCAACCUUAGUAUCAACAUCUUCAUCUUUACCAAUCUCAACGUCAAGUAUAACCUUAUUAUCUUCUUCAUCAACAUCGUCCGUGCCCCAGCCGUUACCUACUUCUUCGUCAACAACAUCCUCAUUUGCUUCAUCUCUCAUUUCUCUACCAUGUUCAUCAACCUGUUCAGAUCCUUCAACCUCAACGACCACAAGCACAGUAACAUCUUCGCCUUCAUUAGCAACAACAAUUCCUGCAAUUGCAGCAUCCCCACCACAACUACCUUCAACUGCAUCUCUGUCGCAAAAGCGUCCAAUGAAUGCAUUUCUAAUAUUCUGCAAGCGACAUCGAAGUGUAGUUAAACAAAAAUAUCCACACCUAGAGAAUAGACGUAUUACUAAAAUUUUAGGCGAAUGGUGGGCAGCCUUGGAUGGAGAUGCCAAGAGAAAAUACACUGAGCUUGCUAGAAGCUAUAAAGAAGCAUUUAUGAAAGCAAAUCCUCAUUUCAAGUGGUACAAAACAGACUUUAAAACUCCACCCGCUCUUAAACCACCAUCACCAUCACCACCACCUCAUGCGAACCAACCAGCUCCAGUAGCUCCGCAGCCUGGUCAAAUUAGUGAGAAUGUGAACCUCGAAAACCAUAGAACUGGUUCUCAGCCCGCGAAUUCCUCCAAUUCUAAUUGUAAUUCAAUUAUUAGUUCAAAUUCAAAUUCAAAUUCAAAUUCUACUCCCAAACCGCCUAAAAAACGAUACCUAGAAAACUUCGAAAAUGGAGAGUUUAAAGGCUCUACAGAGUCUACGGUUCCUUCUGCCUCUACUACAACACUUACUACUAGUACGACAACAACCUCCUGUCCUCCUCUUAAUCCGGGUGGUCCUCCCGUCCUGGACAUUGAUACCAUGAAUCGUGUGAUUGAAAAUGCUCUUGGUGGUGGAUCUAGUACAACUUUAAAUUCAACCAUCAAUUCAUCAUCUUCUUCUUCAUCUUCUUCUUCUGCAGGCGAUAGACCCUUGGAUUAUUCUGCUUCCAAAGUCCUUCAUACCUCAAAUCAACAAAUUAUUGAUCAUUUUAUUGAAAUUUGCUUCAAAAAGCACGUUACGCAAAGCGAAAUUAAUUAACCAGCAAAGAGCAAGACAAAAAAAGGAUUAAGUCACAAACGAAGUGAAAUUUAAAAACACAAAACCACAUACAUACACAAAUUACACAUACACACACACACAUACACACCACUUACACAUACGCAUACACACACAAUAAAGAAGAGAUUUUCAAAAGGCCAUCGAGAACAAACGACGAUCGGGACGAAAAAGAAACAAAUGUAUGAAUUGGAAUUUGAAAAGCAACAAAGUGCGAAUGCUCCUUUUGUUUUAAAAAAGCUUAAGAAAAACCCUAUGGGCUGAAAAGUGUUAAAAGUUAUUGUUACAAAGAAAAAAAAAUGUUACGUUGAAUGAAUUGUAAUUAACAGCUACUGUUGAUCACUUUAAAUGAUUGUACAUAUUGUUACCCUCGAUUAAUUAUCGGCAUAUCCAUCCACUAGUUAUGUUUGGUGUGUAGAAUUUUUUUUAGAUGGUCGAUAUAUAUAUAUAAAUAUAAAUAUAAAUACAGAGAGACACAAGGUAAACAAUAUCUACAAUCAUUUGAAGUUUUUAACUGUAGUUAGAAACAGAAACAUAAAAAAAAUGACAAUAAAUCAUCCAAGAAACCAAA